AUGCAGCUGGUCUACGUAAAGCAGAUAGGCUGCAGGAGGGCCAACCCGGCUCUCGUGCUCGCCUCUCGCUGGCGAGCCGGUGUAUGCAGACCGAGAUUAAUACGGUUGCAUGGGCCAGCACCUCCCUCGCCUCCGAGGUGGUACGCUGUCGACCUCAACUCGUUAGACAGCAAAUGGAGGAAAAAAUGGAAGGAAGCCCAUGAGGCCGGCAUCAAGCAACCAAGCAGCCCAAACGGCGGCCGUCGCAAGACCAACUACGUCUUGCCCAUGUUCCCAUAUCCCUCGGGCAGCCUGCAUCUAGGCCACCUGCGAGUGUACACCAUUGCCGACGUCGUUGCCAGGUACCACAGAUUGAAAGGACAUGAUGUUCUCCUGCCAAUGGGCUGGGAUGCUUUCGGACUUCCGGCCGAGAAUGCGGCAUUUGAACAAGGAAUAGACCCUGCGGUGUGGACGCGAAGCAACAUCGAGAAAAUGAAGGAGCAGCUUGGCCUCAUGAAUGGUAGCUGGGACUGGAGUCGCGAAUUGACGACCUGCGAACCCGAAUUUUACAAGCACACACAGAAGCUCUUCCUCAUGCUGCUCGAACGAGGACUCGCCUACCAGGCCGAGGCCGAAGUCAACUACGAUCCCGUGGACAAGACUGUGCUGGCGAAUGAGCAAGUCGACGCAAAAGGAUGCUCUUGGAGGUCAGGGGCCAAGGUGGAAAAGCGUAAGCUAAAGCAAUGGUUUCUCCGCACGUCCGAGUAUCGCGACGCUCUAUUGCGAGAUUUGGAUAAACUCGCCAAGAACAAUUCUUGGCCUGAACGCGUCAUCUCGCAGCAGAAGAAUUGGCUAGGAAAGUCAGCCGGCGCCUUGAUCAAGUUCCCAGUCAUGGUCACGGGCCGUCCCAACGUUGGCAACGCCAUCGAGGUCUUCACUACUCGACCAGACACACUUUUUGGCGUUCAGUACGUUGCUCUCGCAGCUUCUCAUCCAGUUGUCGCCAGACUAGCAAAGACAGACUCCGAGUUACAAGCCUUUUUGGACACCCUACCUGGGCUACCCCCAGACUCGAAAGUCGGCUACCUUUUGCCGCAUCUGCGAGCUAUCAACCCUCUUGCUUAUCACGACGAAACCCCCGACGCCACCAAGGCUUCUCUGCCAAUCUACGUUGCCCCGUAUGUGCUUGGAGACUAUGGCGAAGGCGCCAUUAUGGGUGUUCCCGGCCACGAUUGGCGGGACCAUUCAUUCUGGAAAACACACCAAGAGAACCAACCAGUACGUAUUGUUCUUGCAGCGUCAGAGGACGAAAGCACGACGGCUCUGCCCUUGAGCGAGCCGUACCUCGAGCAUGGCAUUAUGACGCAGCACAGUGGCGCUUUUAAGGGAAAGCACUCAGUGGAGGCUGGACAGGUCUUGGUUCGUAUGCUCGAGGCCGCUGGUCUUGCAAGGGCAGUUGAGACAUGGCGCCUGCGAGACUGGCUCAUUAGCCGGCAACGAUACUGGGGUGCCCCUAUCCCCGUUAUUCAUUGUGCUUCCUGCGGCGCAGUUCCGGUCCCAGACGAGGACUUGCCAGUCAAGCUACCCAAUGUUGAAAAACAUUGGUCAAGAGGGAAGACUGGUAAUGUCCUGGAAUCCUCUCCCGAGUUUGUAAAUACUUCUUGUCCCAAGUGCAAAGGGCCGGCUCGCCGAGACACUGACACCAUGGACACGUUUGUGGACUCAAGUUGGUAUUUCGCCAGGUUUACUGACCCUCACAACACCCUCCAGCUCUUUUCACCCGAGGCCAGCAAAAUGUUGCCCGUGGAUACCUAUAUCGGAGGCAUAGAGCAUGCGAUUCUUCAUCUGUUGUACGCAAGAUUCGUUUACAAGUUCUUGGCGUCAACGUCAUUGAUGCCAGAGUAUACCGACGAUACGGCAGCCUCAGCAGAGCCAUUUCAGCGACUAAUCACACAGGGCAUGGUACAUGGCAGAACAUUUAUUAACCCCGAAAAUGGCGCCUUCCUAAAGCCUGACGAAGUAGACUUGUCGGACCCGUCAGCACCCAAAAUCAUCGCCACUGGUGCCCCUGCGAAGGUGGCAUUCGAGAAAAUGUCCAAAUCAAAGCACAAUGGUGUCGAUCCCACCGAAUGCAUCUCCAAGUACGGAGCAGAUGCGACACGAGCCCACAUCAUCUUCCAAGCGCCCGUGGGAGAUGUUUUGAACUGGGAUGAAGCCAAGAUCUCCGGGGUCACUCGCUGGCUACAACGCUUGCACGACCAGGUGGCGGCCGUCGCGACUGCUGAUGGAUCCAGUUCCGCCAAGGACAUGCUGGAGAAGAAGUUCAGCAGCGUUAACUCCAUGAGCUCCGAGGAACUAAUGCAAUGGGACGCAGACACAAGAUUGUGGCGAGAGGUGCAGCGCACCAUUGCCUCUGUCACCCGGUCAUACGACGAGAUCUACUCUCUCAACACCGUUGUGUCUGACUUGAUGCGCCUCACCAACACACUGGUAGGCUCACAGGCCAACGAGCUCAUCAAGAGGCAUGCAUGCAGCGUUCUUGCUCGGCUGGUGGCGCCUAUCACGCCGGCGUUUGCUGAUGAAUGCUGGAGCGUGUUGCAUCCUUCCAAGGAGCUCGUCUUGCACAGCGCCACCUUUCCCUCGCAGGACGGCACCUUGGACUCGGCCAUGCUUCAACCUCGACAGCAAUCUUGCGCGGUGCAGAUUAAUGGAAAGAUGCGAGGUGUUGUCGACAUACCGACGCCUUCGGCUGAUCUGCGAGGGGACGCACUGAAAGACUGGGUGGUGCAGGAGAUAGUCAAAACCAAGCAAGGCAAGGAACGAUUUGGGCCGGGCAAAUACGAUCUGGCCAAGGCCAAGAGAGUAAUUGCCGUGGAGGGUGGAAAAGUUAUGAAUUUUGUCCUGUAG